CGGCUACUUGCUUUUGUGGCUGGGGGGUUCACUGCGGAGCGGAGCUGGCAGCAGCUGGCCAUGAGUUACGGGGGUUCCAGAGGCUUCCAGGCUCCUCCUGGGGGACCCUGUCACCCCUCUGAUCCCGUUCUCACCAUGAGAGCGGGCGCCCAAAAAGAAAGACGGAAAAAAAGGGAAAGGGAGCAAAGCUCCAGAAGUGGUGGAUGUCUUGUCCCCAGAGGAGAUGAGCAAGGAGCAGCUGGAGAAACAUGUUGCACGUCUCCGGGAGGAGCUCGACCGGGAACGGGAAGAGCGCAACUAUUUCCAGCUGGAACGUGACAAGAUUCACACCUUCUGGGAGAUCACCCGCCGGCAGCUGGAGGAAAAGAGAGCAGAGCUGCGGAACAAGGACCGGGAGAUGGAGGAGGCAGAGGAGCGGCAUCAAGUGGAGAUCAAGGUUUACAAGCAGAAGGUGAAGCACUUGUUGUACGAACACCAGGAGAACCUCACCGAGCUGAAGGUGGAGGGCACCCUGUCCAUGAAGCGGGCCCAGAAGGAUCACUGGGCCCAGGAGAUUGAGCUGCGUAAAGACAUGCGUUCCUUGAAAGUGGAGCUGAAGGAGCAGGAGCUGGCCAACGAGGUGGUGGUGAAAAACAUGCGCAUGAAACAAGAGGAGGAGAUCACCCGGCUGUGCAAUGACUUUGAGAGACAAGCGAAAGAGAUUGAGGCCAAGUACACCAAGAAGAUGCAAGUGCUGCGGGACGAGCUUGACUUGCGGAGGAAGACGGAGAUCCACGAGGUGGAAGAGAGGAAGAACAGCCACAUCAGUGAGCUGAUGAAGAACCAUGAGAAGGCCUUCAAUGAAAUCAAGAACUACUACAAUGAUAUCACUCUCAAAAACCUGGCACUCAUCAGCUUGCUGAAGGAGCAGAUGGAAGAGAUGAAGAAGAAAGAGAAUCAGUUGGAAAAGGAGAAGGCAGAUCUGCUGCUCCAGAAGAAGCAGCUGAAGGAGACCCUGCAGCAGGCCCAGGAGCAGGUGUUUGAGCUGCAGAAGAAGUUGGCUCACUAUGACAAGGACAAGGAGGUCCUGACGAACACAAAAGCUCGUCUGAAAGUCACCCAGAAGGAACUGAAGGAUCUUCGGUGGGAACAUGAAGUGCUGGAGCAGAGGUUCAGUAAGGUGCAGGCGGAGCGAGAUGAGCUCUAUCAGAAGUUCACCAAAGCCAUUAAGGAGGUGCAGCAGAAGACGGGCUUCAAGAACCUGCUCCUGGAGCGCAAGCUGAAAGCACUCCUCAGCGUCCUGGAGAAAAAGGAGGUGGAGCUCAGCGAGGUCUUUGCAGCCUCCAACCUCGACCCAGACGCACUCUCCUUGGUCUCGCACAAGCUGGAGGACGUGCUCAAUUCCAAGAAUGCCACCAUCAAGGACCUGCAGUUCCAGCUGGCCCGAGUCUGCAAGGCCCACGAUGACAUGCUGCAGACGUUCAAGGCAAAGCUGACAGCCUUUGGGAUCCCCCUGGACAACCUGGGCUUCAAGCCCCUGGCGAGCCCCGUGCUGGGGCAGGCGGUGGGGCAGGGCCCCGCCGGACUCGUUGCUGUGCCCACCUGAUGCCAGCCAGCACCGACGGACACACAGUACCAGCCAGCAAGUGAAGUUGUGCCUUAUUGGUGCUCUGCACCAUUAAACGGACCUCAGCAAGCCUUCAGGAGGACCUGAAGGACCCUCUCUCUCCUCCCUGGGGGCGGGCUUUGCUCCAGAGCAGCCCCUCACUUCUGCCCUGGGGGAUGCCAGCCAUAGGCAGAUGCCAGCUGGGUUGGCUCUGACCAAGUGGGGCCAGUGUGCCACUGGAGGGCUCCUGGCAUCCCACCUGCAGGACCAGGCUGGAGCAGGGAGCAGGGAGUUGCACAGGGCCCCCCCAAGUCCCCCUGCCUCCUGGGAUGCCCCUGUGCUCCCCUGGGGCUCCCCUCCUUUCCCCCUCCAGCAGCCCUGCCUGUGCUGCCCCCAGAAAGGAGACCUUUUUUGAGACGAAUGGAGCUGUUUUAAACCUUUAAUGGU